AUGUGCAAAAUCCACGGCUACCACUAUGCCUGUGGUCAUUUUGUCCGCUAUCGGCUCUCCCGCUGCCGCGGCACCUUUACGAAAGCCCGCAGGCGGCGGCUGAAGGGCACCAACAUCGAUGACGCUCCCAAGCUUCCUGCCUGCGUCGCCGAAUGCUACAUCAUCAUCGCAUCCCACUCGCUAUGUGGCUCGUGCUUGUACGAGCAAUUUACCGCCCAUUGGAAAGUGCGCAUCUCCGAGGCUGAAGGCGCUUACCGCGACGCGCUCGAUCAAGGCAUGAAGACCGGCUUAGGUCUCUGGGGCUGGGGCGCAGUCGGCUGGGGCGGCAACGGCAUAGAUGACGACAGCUUCGACGACGGCUGCGACGACGACGGCGACGACGGCAGCGCGGACGGCGGCACCGGUGGCCCGACAGAUGACGGCGUCGGGCCAACCGCGAACAAGAAGAAAAGCCAGAAGAUAUGCCUGAAGGACGAGAUCGAACGCCGCCGGCGCACCCUUGAGACCCUGCGUGCCGAGUUCAGUGCCGAAUCCUGGUCCGUCCGCAACCGCCUUCCGAUCAUCGACCGUAGACCAUACUCCCUCCCUAGAAUUCAACCGCGCCUCUCCAACGUCCCUUCUCCUCUGCGGCACGAGGUAUUCCCCGAAGAUGUUGUUGUCAAAGAGGAACGCAAUGGCAGGGUCGAGGGCGAUGAAGGAUGGUGCCACUAUCCAACCUUUCAGGCUUUCUUUGUGGACACAUACGGUGGUGGCUCUGGGGACGCAUGGGAAGGUGACACCGCAGACUUAACACAGACAGGCGCGUGGGAUGCCGCCCUUGUAGCAAACAUUAAUUUCUCGAACUCAUUGGCCGACGACACACAAGAACCCACAGGCGACGAAAGCUACUACACGGAAUACAAUCGUUUCGACACAUCUCCCAUUGAAGAAGACGGCACAGAGGAGGAGGACGAAGAGGUUCCAGUGAUGGCAUAUGGUCCGGAGACACGUUUUCCACCUCUAAUGCGCCAGAAUGAGGGUUUUGCCCCAGGACCGGAUGCCGCGCCGCCCUGA